AUGUACCCCCUAGGUUUCCUUCCGUUCUUCUACAGUCUGGUACCAGAAUGGGGCGCUGUCGGGUUUGCCCUCGUCAUCCCCAUCCUCGUCCUUGCCCUCUGGUUUUACACCAUCGUCACUCGCUCAUCAUCAUCCGCGCAACCUGACGACAUUCCGGUGUACUUGCCGGGGUCUUCGCUGUUGCAUAUACUUCCAUUCUUCCACCAACGCUUCGAUUUCAUAAACCAGGGCUUCCAGCUCGCAGGCCAAGCCAUCUACCAAUUCACCCUCCUCCGAACACCGGUUAUUGUCCUUUCGGGCGAGGCCGCCCGGCGAGAUUUUUUCCAGGCCAAGGACCUCGACCUCAAUGCCGGAUUUAAGUUCCUUUCCGGAGCCAUCCCGAUGAUGCCGGGUGUGACGUCCAACCUGGAGGCACGGCGCAUCGCGCUCAUCCACAAGCGACUCGUGUCCGCGCAGACGACGGAACGCCUUGCACGCCUGCUCCCUCAGAUCCUGGAGGAUUCCCGGCGCACGCUGGACUCAUGGGGAUUCUCCGGCACGUUCGACCCGUUCGAACGGCUUCCCGAACUUAUCUUCCAGACGACGGUGCGGUGCCUUGCGUUCGGGGAGCUCGCAGACGACAGGGCCGCGGUCGCGCGACUGAAGCACCUCUACGACACGCUCGACACUGCGACGACGCCCGCGACCGUGCUGCUGCCAUGGCUGCCUGGGCCGAGCGCGGUGCGGCGGCUGCUCGCGACGAAGCGUAUAUAUGACAUCAUUGGAGGUGCGCUCGACGCGCGUACAGCAGGCGGCAUCGCGCGCGACGACACGCCGCAAAUGUUGAUCGACGCCGGGGACGAAAGGAUGAUCAUAAUCGGGUUCAUUAUGGGCCUUCUCGUCGCGGGCGCGCGAUCGACCGGCACCACGGCGUCGUGGCUUAUUACGUUCCUCAGCGGACACCCGCACUGGAAGGCGAAGGCGACCGAGGAAGUUCGGCGGCUCGUCGCGAAGCACAGCGAGCACGCGCCCACGACGGCGCCGCCGCCACCCCAAGGAGCUUCUCCACAGGCGCCCCGCCAUGCGUCGGGCCUGUCCGCGCUAUCCGCCACGCUCUCCGCGAUCCCGCUUUCUGCGUGGGAGACGGAGACGCCGGUGCUGGACGCGCUCAUCUGUGAGACGCUGCGCGUGGCGGAGCCGCACGUUGCGAUGCGACAGUACCUCCCACCGGACAUGCACGACGAGAAGGCCGAGCCGCUGUACCUUGGGGGCAAGGCCGUGCCCCCGGGCGCGUUCGUGAUGUAUCCAUUCAGCGACGUACACCUCAGCCCGGAGGUGUACAAGGACCCGUGGCGGUGGGACCCCGGCCGCACGGAGAUGAGCCUCAAGGCGCCGUACGCGUACGUGGGCAUGGGUGCCGGGAGCACGGUGUGUCUGGGCAAGCGCCUCGCGACGCUCGAGCUGAAGCUCAUCACCGCGCUCUUCGUGCUCGGCUUCGACGAGCUCCGCGCGGUCGACGGCACGGGCGCGCCGCUCGCCGCGCUGCCCCGGCCGAACUGGAACGACAUCUUGACGUGCAGGCCGGCGGCGGGCUCGUGCUACGUGCGCUUCGGACGGACAGUGGCGGGGACGGGCGGAUAGGCCCUGGGGCGUGUACGUGUACAUAUUUUCGGGCGGCGGCGCGUGCGUUGCCGUUACCGCUGCCGCUGGCAUGAUGAUUGCGACACGACACGACUCACGAUUUGGGACGAUGGGACGCGGCGCGGGACCGGGUUCUGCGGCCGCGCGACGCGGCUGGGCAUAGGCUCGUGUAGUGUAGCGGUCAUUUAGAUGUACAGCCGCGUUCUUUGUACUGUAUUCACAUUUCUAGAACGACGUUC